AUGUACAUUUCCAUUCCUUGCACACUCGCUAAAAUCACCUUUCGUUCGCCGGGCCGGGCUGGCUGCGACAAUCCCCCCCCCCCUUUCUGGCGGACCUGCACUCCUUUGAACCGAGUUGAUCUCGGCGACAGUCCUUUUACGACGCCAACAAGGCGUCGAUGCCCCCAUCCCAUCGACAUAAUACCUAAUACUCGUUACUUGUCCACGAUACCCGAUGGCCAAACACCGCAAACGCUCGGUGAGAGAAACAGCUUUGAUACCCCACUCAGCAUUUACACUCCUUGCGAUGGAGAACGGCCCUCGGCAUUUGCACACUCCUUAAAAAAAGAUACCCGCUUAGCAUUUACACUCCUUGUGAUGGAAGAAAAAAAGAUACCCGCUCAGCAUUUACACUCCUUGCGAUGGAAAAGCAAAAGAUACCCACUUCAGCAUUUGCACAUUUACACGCUCCUUGUGAUGGGAAAAAAAAAAAAAAAGAGAUACCCAGCAUUUAUAGACACUCCUUGUGAUGGAACACGCAAAAAGCACCGGAUAGACAUUUCACUCCUUACGGAAAGCAUAUACGAUUUUAGCGAGACUGACAUGGCGUCUGGGUUUACUGGCAGCAUUGGCGUCUGCACGGCGCGGCUUGUAGAGCAUGGAAUGGAGUUGGGGCGUUUGGGUCUUGGUUGCGGUGACGCGUUUGCCUGA